AUGAGGAUACUAUGUGUAGCGGAAAAACCGAGCGCAGCAAAAAAGGUGGCGGAUAUCCUUUCGCAGUCCAACUAUAGAACGAUCAGCACCAAUGAUACAUACACGCGAAAUUAUACCUUUAAUUAUACGCACAACGGUCGAUCAACCCACAUGAUCAUGACUUCCUUACGCGGCCAUUUGCUGGAGCUCGACUUUCCUUCCCACUUGAAACACUGGCGAGCCUGCGAUCCAAUUGAACUGUUCGAAGCAACUGUCCAUAGAUCAGUUCCUGAGAAUAACGAAGCUCUUGCGGAUAAUCUGAGGCGCGAAGCGCGUAAUGUCGACGUUUUGUUCAUUUGGACCGAUUGCGACCGCGAAGGGGAAGCUAUCGGUGCGGAAGCCGUGGAAGUAUGUCGUGCAGUUAAUCCCCGGUUAGAAAUUUGGCGCGCCCGAUUCUCGGCCAUGGAUGCAAGUGCUAUUCAUCGCGCGGCCCAGAAUCCUACCACGAUGGAUGAACGUCAAGUCCAAGCAGUUUUCGUACGCUCCGAACUCGAUCUACGAAUUGGCGCCGCUUUCACACGACUGCAAACCUUCAAAUUAGCAAACUUUUUCCAGGAUCGCAAGGUCGUGAGUUAUGGAAGUUGUCAGUUUCCUACUCUGGGCUUCGUCGUAGAUCGCUAUAAAGCUAUCGAGAACUUUGUGCCUGAGGAAUUUUGGAAAAUCAAUCUUUCGUAUACACAGACGCAAGAUCGCAACUCUGAUUGUGAAUCAAUCACGACUCAAUUCAAUUGGAAACGGGGUCAUUUAUUUGAUCGCUGGGCUACUUUUGUUCUGUACGAAAUGUGUUACCAGAAUCCAAUGGCUACCAUUACCAAAGUCCAACGAAAAGAGGUUACAAAAUGGAAACCACUACCAUUGACAACUGUGGAAAUGCAAAAAGUGGGAUGCCGUGUUUUGCGAAUGACCGGUGAACGCAUCAUGAAGGUUGCGGAAGAACUAUAUACACAAGGUCUGAUCAGUUACCCAAGAACGGAAACAGAUCAGUUUGAUUCAAAUUUCGACUUUCACACCUUGAUUGAGAAACAGACUCGCGAUAAUCGAUGGGGCCAAUAUGCUGUCUUACUACGCGAUGGAGAGUUUGAACGACCAAGAAAUGGUCGGAACAAUGACAAAGCCCAUCCUCCUAUCCAUCCCACCGAGUAUAAAUCCGGUUUGUCGGGUGAUCAUCUUCGCGUGUAUGAAUUUAUCGUUCGUCGCUUCUUGGGUUGCUGCUGGAAGAACGCAGUGGGUUUUGAAACGGCAGUGGAGGUCAAGGUCGCAUGCGAGACAUUUGAUGCCAAAGGUCUUGUGAUCUUGGAGCGGAAUUUUUUGGAAGUCUAUACCUAUGACAAAUGGAAAGGAAACUAUUUACCGGAAUUCAAUGAAAACGACCAGUUUAUGCCGACGGUUUUGGAAAUGAAAAGCUCCGUGACCCAACCUCCCAAACUACUGACAGAAUACGAUCUGAUCAGUCUUAUGGAAAAAAACGAAAUUGGUACCGAUGCGACCAUUGCAGAACAUAUUCAAAAGAUUCUGGAUCGACAAUAUGCAUUCAAAAACGGGCAGUAUUUUCGACCGUCGACGUUGGGCAUUGCAUUGGUACUGGGAUAUGAUGAAAUUGGAUUCGACUCGAGUCUCAGUAAACCAUUUUUGCGAAGAGAGAUGGAAGCCGAUCUCAAGCAGAUUUGUGAAGGACGAAAGUUGCAAAAUGCGGUAUUGCAACAAAGUAUAGAGCGGUAUCGACAAAUGUUCUUCAAGUCAGUACAAGAAUUUGGAAAGAUCAUCACUUCUAUGCAGCUACAUUAUCGAGCGACGGAAGAUCAAUCGGGAGGUGCAGGUGCAGCAAUCGGCAUCGGAGUGUCCGAGGACGAGGACGAGGGUGGAGAUGACGGUGAUCAUGGUGAUAAUCAGCGCCCCUCGGGAGGAGGAAACGCCAGACGGUCUACCGGAACACGUGGACGAGGUCGCGGAGGUCGUGGAUCAUCGAACCGUGGAGAUGGAGGAGCUGGACGUCGAACGUCUGGACGUGGUCGUGGCCGUGGCCGUGGACGCGGAGGUGGACAAUCAUCGUCAAACGAUCAAUCAUCAAACGGUCCACCUUGUGAAUGCGACUUUCCCAGUGUAAGUCAAACAGUUCGAAAGGCUGGUCCCAACAAAGGUCGUGAAUUCUUUGUUUGUGGACGUCAAACAUGCAAUUUCUUUGCAUGGAAUGAUGACAGACGCGGACCGUCCUAA